AUGCACGGGGUUGUUGCGCUUCCUGUGCAGUCUCGGAGCUUGGGCUUCGAGCUGAUCCUGGCACUGUUUCAACCGAAAUUCAACCAUUCCUUUCAGUUUGUCAAUGCGCCUCAGCCACGCGACCUAAGCGCCCACCUGUGGGACGUGACAGAAGUUUCAACGUCGUACUGCCAGCCCCGCUUGCUGCUAACCAACUACGCAGACAACCAACCGUUGUGCCGGAGCAGAAGUCUAAGCUUGAGCUGCAGCAAAGGGUCGGGCACUGAGGUCGUUCCUCGGGCAAGAGGGUGCCUGCCCUAA